AUGUUCGCCAUCCAGCCAGGGCUUGCUGAGGGGGGCCCAUUCCUGGGGGGCCCGGCCCCUGCAGCAUGUCAGCCCCAACCAGACAGCAACUGCAAUUUCAUGGCGAGUGCCAGGGAUGCCAAUGAGAACUGGCAUGGGAUACUGGGCAUGGUGGAGCCCACCCUGCUAAGGAGCUCCUCCGAGCUGUCCUCUGCUAGCCAGGCCUCACAGGCUCCUGGGUCGCAUGAAGAAGGGGUCCGCAGCCCCCCUGAGGGAGCAGAGAUUCCCAGAGCUGAGCCUGAGAAGAUGGGGGAUGCCAGCACCAUCUGCUCCCCUCUGGAGGACAAUGGCUACGCCAGCAGCCCCCUGAGCACUGACAGCCCCAGCAGCAGCAGCAGCAGCAGCCCUGAGCCUGCCUGUGGGACCCCCCGAGGCCUGGGCCCCUCAGAUCCUCUUCUGCCCUCUGUGGCCCAAGCUGCGCAGCAGCUGCAGGCACAGGAGCGCUACAAAGAGCGGGAGAAGGAGAAGCACCACGUGCACUUGGUGAUGUACCGACGCCUGGCACUGCUGCAGUGGAUCCGGGGCCUGCAGCACCAGCUGGUUGACCAGCAGGCCCGGCUGCAGGAAAGCUUCGACACCAUCCUAGACAAUCGCAAGGAGCUGAUUCGUUGUCUCCAGCAGAGGGCAGCACCACCCAGACCCCAGGACCAGGGCUAA